CUUCCAUUUCAGCGUGAGUGUAUUUCUGUCCACGUUGGCCAAGCCGGAGUUCAGAUUGGUAACGCUUGUUGGGAGUUGUACUGCUUGGAGCAUGGAAUUCAGCCUGAUGGUCAAAUGCCCAGUGACAAGACAAUCGGUGGAGGAGAUGAUUCCUUCAACACAUUUUUCAGCGAGACUGGAGCAGGAAAACACGUUCCUCGCGCCGUCUUUGUUGAUUUGGAACCAACUGUCGUUGGUAAGUUAACGAGGACCCGUUCAUUUCUUCAUUAGUGCUUUCAGAUUAGUACUAGCAGGAUUCUACAUGAAUUUUUUAUCGAUAGCAGUUAAACACUAGGCUUUUGAUCCUUAGAAAUUUUUUAAUUCUGCUUUCGUUCUAUAUGUCACGAGAAAGAAGACUCCUUUGUGCUAUUGCAUUUUAAUAAUUAACAAUCUCAUUUGUACUUUGUGCUCGUUGAAGUAUUAAAAAACCUACCGAUUCUCGAACAUUUGGUUCAACACGAAACUCAUAGUUCUACUUUUUACCACUUUUCUCUCAAACCAUCGAUUUUUGGGAGAUAACUCGUACGAUCGGUUGACUUUAGUUGUUUGGUAACCUGCAUAGCAACUGCCCCUUGACUACUGUAAACACAACGCAACUAACACUAGAAUUUUCGCUCUUACUCACAGACCUGACCUUACUGAAACCGUCAUAUUUUCGAAUUGUGAAGCUGAUUUUCUUAACUUGAUGAAUUCUCACCCUCAAAAUUUUUUUUCUGACAGAUGAAGUUCGUACUGGCACCUACAGGCAAUUGUUCCACCCAGAACAGUUGAUCACUGGUAAAGAAGAUGCUGCAAAUAACUAUGCUCGUGGGCACUACACUGUUGGAAAAGAAAUGAUUGAUCUUGUUCUGGACAGGAUCAGGAAAUUGGUUAGUAUUGUGCUGGUGGUGUAUUUAUUUUAAGUUGUUUUUCCACGAAUGGUUAACGAUAGUCUAAUUUGUAAUGUUCUAUUCAUAGGCUGAUCAGUGCACUGGAUUGCAAGGUUUUCUUAUCUUCCAUUCUUUUGGUGGUGGUACUGGUUCUGGAUUCACAUCAUUGCUCAUGGAGCGCCUGUCUGUGGACUAUGGCAAGAAAUCCAAACUGGAGUUCUCUAUUUACCCCGCACCACAGAUUGCCACAGCUGUUGUGGAGCCUUACAACUCCAUUCUGACAACACACACCACUCUGGAGCACUCUGACUGUGCCUUUAUGGUGGACAAUGAGGCCAUCUAUGACAUCUGCCGUCGUAACCUGGACAUUGAGAGACCCACUUACACCAACCUGAACAGACUGAUUGGUCAGAUUGUGUCGUCCAUUACUGCAUCGCUCCGUUUUGAUGGUGCCUUGAAUGUUGACUUGACAGAAUUUCAGGUAAGGUAUAUUUGAAUCUUGACAUUCCUGCCUCCAGUACAUAAUGAAUAUGAUUCCUGUUGGUUUUUGUUAUGUUUAUAACGUCCUUCUUGUUAUUUCAUUUAGACCAACUUGGUGCCAUACCCUCGUAUUCACUUCCCUCUGGCCACUUAUGCUCCAGUGAUCUCAGCAGAGAAAGCUUAUCAUGAACAGUUGAGUGUUGCUGAAAUCACCAAUGCCUGCUUUGAACCAGCCAAUCAGAUGGUGAAAUGUGACCCACGUCAUGGUAAAUAUAUGGCCUGUUGUUUGUUGUACCGUGGUGAUGUGGUACCUAAGGACGUGAAUGCAGCCAUUGCUACAAUCAAGACCAAGAGAACCAUUCAGUUUGUAGAUUGGUGUCCAACUGGAUUUAAGGUUAGUGAUUAGGCUGUAUAUAUAUAUAUUUUUUUUUUUUUUUUUUCUCUUUGAUUAAAGGCCCUUUGUAAUUUAGAGAAUGAUGAGCAAUGUAUUGUUACUUUACCAAAUCCAAAGUUUGUUAAUUAACAAAUGUAUUUGUCAUGUACGGUAGGUUGGAAUCAACUACCAGCCUCCCACAGUUGUUCCUGGUGGUGACCUGGCCAAAGUACAACGCGCUGUGUGUAUGUUGAGUAACACCACAGCUAUUGCUGAGGCCUGGGCCCGUCUGGAUCACAAGUUUGAUCUGAUGUAUGCAAAGCGUGCAUUUGUCCACUGGUAUGUGGGUGAGGGUAUGGAAGAAGGAGAGUUCUCUGAGGCUCGUGAAGAUUUGGCAGCAUUGGAAAAGGAUUAUGAAGAGGUUGGAGUGGAUUCAGUUGAUGCUGAAGGUGAGGAAGAAGGGGAGGAAUAUUAGACAAAACAAGACCACCCUGGAAGAAAAUUCAUGCUGCUGUGUUUUGAGAUUGAGUUCUGUGAUAUUGUGUUGUAAGAUUGAGGAAUAAAUGUUUGUUUCAUGACUAGUGAAGUGUGGUUUUUAUGAAUUUGUGUUGCUUGUGACAGCUUAUCAUGAAAUUUCCUUGGAACAACAACAUUUGUAGGUUCCUAAUAACAGUUUUGGCCGAGAAUUCUCAUUUACUAAAUAUGACAAAAGGAAAUGAUAAUACAAUUUGUUUUUCUAGAGAUGAAUUAAACCCUGUGCCAGUGGGAACUUUGAACUACCUUACUUUCUAAACUUUGACCAUAAUGACUUCCCCCACCCUAUUUCCUAGAUUUCCCCAUGAAAUACCAGUUAAGUUCCUUGGUGGAAUAGGAUGUUUUAUUAAAUUUUAGGUUUGGGAAUGAGUUACCUAGUUAUUGAGCAGGCCCUAUUACGACCCUAAGAAGUGAUCCAGAUUUAGACCGCUAUCCUUCUAGACAAACAUCGGUAGUGAAUAUUACCUUUCAAAGAGCCGCAACACCGUAUUAGAAGUCUGGCGAUUCCGGUUUACAGAUUGUAUCAUUUUUAGCUGAAGGAGUGCCCUCCAUGUACGAAGCUUGGACAGUCUGGUGGAAAAAACAACCUUUCCAGAAAUCUAUGAGAAAAAUAUCUAGGUAAACGCAUAAUUUCAACCGGUUUGUGGUUCCAAUAUAAAAAAGAAAAAACUUUGUCCCCUCCCCCACAGGUGCUGCGAUAAAAUUAUUUGUUCCGAGAAGCUAUGAUCUGCCGUGCUGAGAGACCACUAUGAGACAUCGAUUGAUUCUAAUAUUUAUAUUCUCCUAUACCCUAUUCUCGUUACAUUUCCUGUGAUACUGACAAGGAGAAUUUGCUUGACAAUCAUGACCUCUAGCCAUUUUAAGAGCGAUAAUGCAAAGAGAAAUUAGAAGCCAGCCCCUCCUUAGGGUUAAAGGGUCAACUGAAAAUUCUGGCCUGCAGAGAACUCCCAAGGGGACACCCCUUAUAAGACAGGUUUGUAAUAUACCUGAGUUUAUAUUAUUAUUCCAGGUGACGUUGACGUCAUUGUCACCGUAUAUAAUAGAGAGCUGGUACAUGAUCAGUUCAGUUUUUGAUUUGGAGUCAUCUCUGUUCGUCGGUUACUUGUCGAAGGAGGGAUCAUUUAUUUCCAGCUUCCGUUUUUCUUUCUUCUCUGCCAUUAAAUUCUAUACCGUCCGAAAUGGUAAGUUAAAAAGUUUCACCUUUAGGAUACAAAGGACACAAAGCUGUUUUAAGAACUUUGAAAAUUCUUACAAAAUGAUAAUAUAGUUUUGGUUACGUCCUCCGCUAGCGAGAGUGUAUUUCUAUCCAUGUCGGUCAAGCUGGUUGCCAGAUCGGUAAUGCUUGUUGGGAGUUGUACUGCUUGGAGCAUGGAAUUCAGCCUGAUGGCCAAAUGCCCAGUGACAAGACAAUCGGUGGAGGAGAUGAUUCCUUCAACACAUUUUUCAGCGAGACUGGAGCAGGAAAACACGUUCCUCGCGCCGUCUUUGUUGAUUUGGAACCAACUGUCGUCGGUGAGUGAAAGGAGAACAGUCCUGUGUUUUAUUUUCGACAUUCUGCUUAAUGAAAAAUUUGGAGUCUAAAAUGAAUUGCUAAACUUCACCAAGUGUAUGCCCUCUUCAGAUAGGAAAAUAUUUGUUCUGGUGAUGUGAAUGUUGAAUAAAUUCGAAAAUAUGCUUGGAUCGAUCAUUUCCAUAUUCAUCUUUGUUAACGUGGCACUAAUAUUACAGCGCACGAAAUGGUGAUUGCCAGCUAAUUUCGAAACUGCAACUCGCGUCCAUGUUUUAUUACUAAAACCAUUAAAGACAUAAUGUGUUAUUGAAAUUAAAACAAAAUUCGAUAAACAGAUGACAACCUCCAUGUGUUAAAUUGAAUUUUUACUUGAACAUUACUGUCUUAAGUGAAAUAUUAAUAUCAAUAUAAAAUCAGAUAAAUCGUGAAAGAAAUAGCGCGUUUGCUGUUUUUACUUCCAGCCAUAAUGGCAAUAUCGAGGACCGGUAAUUAUUAUUGCUUUGCCAGCGAAUAAAGUCGCUUUCACCGUCAACUUCCGGUUAGGAAAAACUCGCCCACCUGCAAGAUGGUGCAUCUGUAAAAUUGUGUCGUAUCAGUGAGGCAAGGGUGUCAAAGUCUACAUUAAUUUCCGUGGUUUGGCAAAACGGUUUAGUUUUGUGUCGGUGCUACAUGGAAGAAUUUAUGGUCAGGAGGUUGGCUGUGGCUACCGGGUACUAAUCUAGCCGAAAAGAAGACAUUCUUUAGCGGUUCUCGGCAACCGCGUCAGAAUAAACUGUUUGAGUCGGAUAGUCUAAUUUUGCAGUCAAGGCUUAAACAAUGAAUGCUUUUCUAAAUUUUAUUCCUUUAUCGUGAUGUUUUGAGCCAGAAACGCCCCCGCAGCGCUUUGUUUUAAAAAGACAAAGUAAAUGAUACUCUCUACAGGUUCAAGCUGUUACACUUAAUGUUUUACCCCAUCAGUUGUCUCAGACUGGGUGACGUCUCUGCAUGUUUCUGAAAACUGGGUCAAUGUCAGCCUCAACGCUUUAGUCAGAAAACAAAAAACAAAAAAAGAAUGUGUGCGAAUAUUAGCGGCAAAAGUAUCAGACAAUGAACUUUUCAAACUAUUUCAUGCAUUCAAAACUGUUUCUACCUACGGGACACUUAGUUUGCCCCCAAUGGAAAUUAAUUAAAGGGUUCGAAAUUAAUUCCCCGUCUUUAUUUGUUCAACAAUUGUUUGACUCUCUGUAUAUUGGAUCCUUGUCAUAGAUAAUUUAUGGCCACCAGGACUUUCUCACGAAAAUAAUAUUGCUAAUUUCCUAUCUUUAUUACGUGGGAGAGGAAAUAUAUUUGCAUGCAUUAGCGUUCGAUGAAUCGUCAUCCAAGACGAGUCUCUCCGAUAUCAGUUCUUAACAAGAGAAUACGGAAAAAUUGGAAAAUGAAGAGUCUUGAGCGUUGUAUUUGUCUCUGGUGCCUCUUUAUGGGAAACGAAUCCUUUUUCGUUUGGUAAAUUGGCAGCUGAAUGAUAAUAAGCGAUGUUAAACCUUCGCUUUCGAAAGUGUUAAUAAGACUUUUCCGGAUAUACUUUUGAUGGACAAGAACAAUAAGCAAAAUUUUAAAAUAAAUUUUAAAAAAUACGCUAAGGACGUUGUCCAAAUGAAUACAAAGCGAGAGAAAAGGACUUGGUUAAGAGAGAAAGUUCCAAGAGGACCUGUGACCCUGCUCCACCCCUCCCUCUCGAUCAAAAAGUAUUGACUCGUAAGAAAGCUCGAAAGCUUGACUGUCAGCCUUGUUUUGCAGAUUUCUCAGGAUCGAAAUUCUCUAUAAUAACGCGAAUAAUUUCAGAGUAAUUAUAGCUCGUGGCUGCAAGAACUUUCUUAGAACUAAUUUAAUUAAGUUGUUGUUCACUGGCUGUUUUAGAUGAAGUACGUACUGGCACCUACAGACAGCUGUUUCACCCUGAACAGUUAAUUACUGGAAAAGAAGACGCCGCUAACAACUAUGCUCGCGGACACUAUACUGUCGGAAAGGAGAUGAUUGAUGCAGUUCUGGACAGGAUUAGAAAACUGGUAAGCUGCACAGAAAGAUAGAAUUAAAAUUAAAUUCCUCGAAAGCAACUUUCUGAUUGCUACAUAACAGACUCUUCCUUAAUCAUUCCUCUCUAAGGCUGAUCAGUGCACUGGCUUGCAAGGUUUCCUUAUCUUCCAUUCUUUUGGUGGUGGUACGGGUUCUGGAUUCACUUCACUGCUCUUGGAGCGUCUGUCUGUGGACUAUGGCAAGAAAUCCAAGCUGGAAUUCUCUAUUUACCCCGCACCACAGAUUGCCACAGCUGUUGUGGAGCCUUACAACUCCAUUCUGACAACACACACCACUCUGGAGCAUUCUGACUGUGCCUUCAUGGUGGACAAUGAGGCCAUCUAUGACAUCUGCCGUCGUAACCUGGACAUUGAGAGACCCACUUACACCAACCUGAACAGACUGAUUGGUCAGAUUGUGUCGUCCAUCACUGCAUCGCUCCGUUUUGACGGUGCCUUGAAUGUUGACUUGACAGAGUUUCAGGUAAACUGUCUCUGGAUCUCAGCAUUUCUUGUCAUAUUGAUUCGGUGGUGAUAUGAAAUCAUUUCAAUUUCUGUCUUGUUGUCUUAUUUAGACCAACUUGGUGCCAUACCCUCGUAUUCACUUCCCUCUGGCCACUUAUGCUCCAGUGAUCUCAGCAGAGAAAGCCUAUCAUGAGCAGUUGACAGUUGCUGAGAUUACAAACAUGUGCUUUGAACCAGCCAAUCAGAUGGUUAAGUGUGACCCACGUCAUGGCAAGUACAUGGCCUGCUGUUUGCUAUACCGUGGUGAUGUGGUACCUAAGGAUGUGAAUGCAGCCAUUGCAACAAUCAAGACCAAGAGAACCAUUCAGUUUGUUGACUGGUGUCCCACUGGAUUCAAGGUUUGUUUCCGGUCAAUUUACCAGGAAAUAAUGUAUAUUGAACGAAAAAAAUCGGUGGUGCCCGAUGGUUGUCGAGCUAGACUACGGAUUAAAAGUUAAGGGCGUUAUAUUAUAGGGCAAGAUACCUUAUUCUCUAAGAACCUCUCACCGCUGAGGUAUUUUAAUUCAAGUGAUUUGUCUGAGAAACAUUACGGACUACUAUGGUAACUUGCAAUGGGAAAAAAUCCCCUUCAAGGGAGAGUAACUACACUCUAAGUCGUUCCGUGCAGCAGAAAUCGGGUAAAGCUCUCACGGCGCGUACCAGUCAGCCUGUGAGCAGGCAUGCUUUUGUAUUUAAUGCGUAUAGAAAUGAAUCAAAAACUGCUGCGCCGCGUCUGUUCAAUUGGCAGAAUUUUUUUCUUAUCAUAGGUUGGAAUCAACUACCAGCCUCCCACAGUUGUUCCUGGUGGUGACUUGGCCAAAGUACAACGCGCUGUGUGUAUGUUGAGUAACACCACAGCUAUUGCUGAGGCCUGGGCCCGACUGGAUCACAAGUUUGAUCUGAUGUAUGCAAAGCGUGCGUUUGUCCACUGGUAUGUGGGUGAGGGUAUGGAAGAAGGAGAGUUCUCUGAGGCUCGUGAAGAUUUGGCAGCAUUGGAAAAGGAUUAUGAAGAGGUUGGAGUGGAUUCGAUUGAUGACGAAGGGGAAGAUGAAGGAGACGAAUACUAA